GUUAUACACUUUGUUGUACAUCGCUCUGGAUAAGAGCGUCUGCCAAAUGCCUGUAAUGUAAUGUAACGUAAUCAUGCUGAGACUGUUAUUUAUGAGUGAACUGAAAUACAUCUGCCACCAGCCUUGGAAAUACAAGGACUGUAUCGCGCCAAAAACACAAUGACGUGGUCUAUGACCAGAGGACCACAAAGUUCACAUUGGUCUCAUCCUCCUCAAAAUGGAGAAGUAAGAUUAUCAGAGAUGAUGCAAUAUACUGUAUCGUCCAGCCUCACAGGGUAUAAAUGAUCUGUUAGAGAGUUAGACUUGGUUUUUCGCCUUCCUGAGCAUCAGAGACCCGGACCCAGAGUUUGCACCAAUUUUCUUCUCAUCAGAAAAAAGACAAUCUGAAGUCAUGGAUACUCUUCAAAUUGCAGCCCUUGGACGCCCCCUGCACCCUGGCAUGCUGUAUGACUGUCAUGGUGACACCUUUAUCCCAGGAGUCUCACUGUGGGAUCAAGCAGCUAUCAAAAAAGAUAUGAAUGUGGAACCACAGCCCCACACGUAUCUUGAUUUUGUCGCGUCCGACUCAAUCACUGAGAAGAGCAAGCUGUUGGACGUGAGUGCCUCCCUGAAAGUCAGCUUUCUGGCAGGGCUGGUGGAGGUGGGAGGGUCGGGCAGUUACCUGAAGGACACCUUGUCCUCCAUGCGACAAUGCAGGGUCACAAUGCAAUACAAACAGACGACUGAGUUCAAGCAGCUGACCAUGACCCAACUGGGACAUGUGACGUACCCCGAAGUGUUUGACCAGAAGACUGCUACCCAUUUGGUUACAGCGGUGCUGUACGGGGCUGAGGCCUUCAUGGUCUUCGAUCAGAUGGCUGCCGAUGAGAAGGACAAGCAAGAAAUUAAGGGGAACAUGGAUGUGAUGGUCAAGAAGCUCCCUAAAGUUGAUGUCAGCGGUUCAGGGAAAGUGAACCUGACAGACGAGGAGAAGAAGAAGGUGGAGAAUUUCAGCUGCACGUUCCAUGGUGAUGUUACUCUGGAACAGAACCCUUCGACUUACGAGGAGGCCGUGCUGGUGUACAAAGAGCUCCCGAAGCUGCUGGGGGCGGAUGGGAGUAAAGCUGUGCCUGUGAGGGUCUGGCUCUAUCCUCUGAAGAACCUGGACUCCAAAGCAGCCCAGCUGGUGACAGGGAUCAGCUUGGAGCUGGUAUCACGUGUGGAAGUCCUGAUGGGCCAGUUGCAUGAAGCUGAAAUGAGAGCCAACGACUCCAUCAGACGGGGUCAGGCCAUUAAGGCCACCGACAUAACAGACAAGCUGGACAAAUUCCAGAACAAACGGACCGUUUACACGGAGACCCUCAAGCAGAAUCUAUGCAAGGUUCUGCCAGCUAUCCGGGCGGGGACAGGGACGGAACAGAAGCUGAUCGACAUCCUGAAGUUCCAUGAAGAAUCAUCUUUCACUCACGACAAGAUGAAAAAAUGGCUUGAUGACAAAGAGUCUGAAAUAGGGGUGCUGGAAGACUAUAUCAAGUCUCUGCGUUCUUUGCACUGGCGUGAAAUUGUACCGCCUGGGCCUGAGCUGGACAAAGUUAUCUUUGAUCCAAAAUAUGAAAGUUCCUACAUCUUCAGCUUCACCUCACUAAAGUACGAGGAACCGUACCUCUCGAACCUACACGAGUGCCUGGCUUCCACAAAGUUCAAGGAAAUGGAGGAGAUCUCCGUGGCUUGUUACCACAGAUUCGCAGAGGAGGCCCUGCCUUGGUUCAGGAACCCAGAGAUCUCUAAGAGAAUGAGAGAAAUGUUGGGUCAUUUCGUGUUGUGGAUCCCUGUGUACACAGUCAUCAUCAGCUACAUUUCAGACACCUCCUUCCUCGGGGCUUCUAUCUUUAUUUAUGAAAACGGGAAGCUAGUAAAACGGUAUUGAGGAGAGUGGUGCAGGGCGAGGCUGCAGAGGAGGCGCAAGAACGGGUGUUACGGAAGGUCCAAGACACACUGGCCACUCAGGAAGAGAAGAAAUAAAGUAAUUGAAAAUAAGAAAGCUGGCAUGGAUGGCCCCUCUGGAAAAUCCCCCCCCCCCCCCC